AAUUGUGUUCUGUCUCUGUCUCUCUCUGAUCUCUGUGUCGCUCGGAUUCUCUAUCAUCCGUCUUUCUCUUGCCAAACCAACAAAAACCAAACCGCUGUGGAACGCCGUGAACUACCAGUGGCCACCGUGGGCCACCAAUCUGGGUGUGUGUGUCGUGUUUCGCACGGCUCCUUCUCUUGCUCUUUUUCCUUGUCAAAACUUCGGGGUACCAACACUGCAGAAUUUCAGAUUUUGCUAUAUCCUCUGUUGCUGUUACAAUUACAAUUACUCAUGAAUUGUUGGCUCUGGGGUGGUGCUACCGGUUUUGGGGGUUUUUAUUGUGGACUGAUGCUCUUGAUUUUGGUAUAAGCGGCCAUGGAGUACGGGCUUUCUGAUAGUAGUGGCACAGAUGAUGACCUUCCUCCUUCCCGUCAAAAUAGGUUUUCAAGGGGGGGCCGUGCUGCAGGGAAUGUAAGAUCUGCAGUUGUUGGUACUGCUCAAUUCUCUCGGAUGCAUAGCGAUAUGGAGACACAGAUCCACCACGUAGAACAAGAAGCAUAUACUUCUGUCCUUCGGGCCUUCAAAGCUCAAUCUGAUGCCAUUACUUGGGAGAAAGAAAGUUUAAUUACUGAACUUAGAAAAGAACUGAGAGUAUCAGAUGAGGAACACAGAGAGCUUCUAUCCAGGGUUAAUGCUGAUGACAUCAUCAGAAGGAUAAGGGAGUGGAGGAAGGCAAGUAGGCUCCAACCUGGCAUGCUCAGCAGUACACAGCCUGUUCAUGAUCCUGUGCCUAGUCCUACUGUUUCUGCAUCACGCAAAAAACAGAAAACAUCACAGUCGUUAGCUUCUUUAUCCCUGGUUGCACUGUCCCCGGCAUUGCAUCCAUCUAUGCAACCAUCGUCAUCAGCCUUGAAACGAGGUCCUGUAUCCGGAGCCAGGGGCAAGAAGCCAAAAUCAUACCCCUCUACAGGUUUCACUGGAAGGGGACAAGUUCCAAAUCGGGGUUCUUCAGGUGCCUUUGCGGUAAAUGAACCUGCUGAAGCAGCAAACUUUGAUCCAUUAAUUGGGAGGAGAGUUUGGACAAGAUGGCCUGAAGACAAUAACUUCUAUGAGGGUGUUAUAACUGACUACAAUCCUGUUGAGGGCCGGCACGCUUUGGUUUAUGAUAUUAAUUCAGCAGAUGAAACAUGGGAAUGGGUCAAUCUCAAAGAGAUAUCACCAGAAGACAUCCAGUGGGAAGGUGAAGAUCCUGGGAUAUCUCGUAGAGGUGGCCGCAGUGGACCUGGCCGUGGAUUUAAGAAGUCUAUGGCCCGUGGUGGAGCUGUUGCUGUUGCUGGAAGAGGUAGAGGGACAGCAAAAGGUCUGCCCAAGAAAGAUUUUCCUUUAUCACAAAAUGGCAUUGGAAAGAAGCCUUUGGGUGAUAUUGAAAUACUUCAUACCGAUACUCUAAUUAAGGAGGUGGAGAAAGUUUUCAGUGCAACCCAUCCAGAUCCUUUGAAGGUUGAGAAAGCAAAGAAUGUGCUUAAAGAGCAUGAACAAGCCCUUGUUGAUGCAAUUGCGAGGCUUGAAGAUGCUUCUGACGGUGAGAGUGAUGGAGAGCAUCGGUUCUUGCAAGGGCAAUCAAUGGAUGAUGAGCAACAGAGAAAACAGCACUAUGAUCAUAUUGGAGAAGGUAGAGUAGUUGAAGGUUCAGAUGGCAACAAGAUGGUCAGAGAUGGAAGGCCUGGUUCUGAUGAUCAUCAAGAUGAUGGUGAUGACAUUUGAUUCUAGUUAGUUUUUAGGGUCAGGCACACCCCCUGUUGUCCUGAGCCGGACUUCUUGUAUAAAUGACUAGCCAGAUGGAAUAGAGGUUGGUUUCUGGUUGUAACAGAAAUUAGGUUUUGGGUAGAGGCUUUUUUUUUUUGUUUUUUUUUGCUUAAACAUUGUGUUAUUAACAUAUAAUCAGGCAAAGCUGGAAAUAUGCUUGUGUAAAAUUGUUCAAUGAGGAAUAAUUUCUUUACA